GAAAAGGCAAUAUACAAACAUUACAAAGUCACAUAAGCAACAAAUGAACAAUUAUGUCAUAAGGCAUACAAGCAAAACUACACUGUAGGCAAACAUUAAAGUUUUCCAAUUUAACUAAAUACCAAUUUAACUAAUUGGGGCGGGGGGACCAAAAGUGGCGGUAAGCCACAGUUGGUGUUUCUCCUUCCCAUUUCAGACCAAACUCAGGAGCCACAACAGCAGUUACAGCUGCUAGGGAGGAACAUGCAGCUGGAAUUGCUGACUUUGCCUGCCAGCCCAAACACUGUCAUGAAUAGCCUGGGGAGCUAUCCUCUUCGUCAAGUGCAGGGGUGAGCUAAUUCCAUGCAAUGCAGAAUCUCUUGUAGUGGUUUUUUUCUUCUUAGGAACCAACUUUAAUUUAAAAGAAUAAACAUACAGUAUUUCCUCAAAUGUAAUGUGCACCUUUUUUGGGCCAAAUUAUGUUGUGAAAAUUAAGAGUGCGCAUUAGAUUUGAUGGUGCAUUAGAUUUGUGUAAAUAUGGUACUAUUCUGUCUCUUGAAUUAGGGAAGUUAAAGCAACAAAACAAAACCCCAAAACAACCUUCAGUUGGAUGUCUAUGUUAAGGCUUAAAUGUAAGGUAAAGGGACCCCUGACCAUUUGGUCCAGUCGUGACCGACUCUGGGGUUGCGGCACUCAUCUCGCUUUAUUGGCCGAGGGAGCCGGUGUACAGCUUCUGGGUCAUGUGGCCAGCAUUGUUUGCUAAAAUAUUCUAAACGGGAUAUCUGCAUAAGUGAACGGAUACAUUUUGCCCCUUACAUAAAUUCUAAACAACUGUGAAUAGGCAACAUUUAAAUAUUUGUGGACUACACUUUUUUAAAAGGCAAUGUAAAAUUUGCCUGAAGAAGGUGGCACCUAUACUGUACAAACUAAAUUUAGUACCUCCAAUGUAAGAAGAUGGCCAUGGGCCGGGGCCAUAAUCCCAGAAAGAUUUGUUUUCUCUGCCAGGUGGAGAAGAGAGUGGGGAGGUGACUCAGACAACUAGGAGGGGGAGGAAGAGAGGGGAGAGAUGAGGAAGACAGGAACGGCAGGGCCCGUGCUGCAAACCUAGUCUGAGGAGACCGCCUCUGCAGGAAGCGUUUAUGAUGCACCAUUUGUCUGCUGUUUCAAUGGAGGAGGAGAUAAGAAAAGCAAAAAGUGAACUCGGCAUCCCCUCCCGAGCCCAAGACUUUCCGCCACCCGCCCUUGGAAAAGGGAAGUCUCUUGGCUGGUUGGCAUCCAUCUGUUUCGGUAGACAAUGGAACAGUGUGCCUUUGGUAGAGAUCGAUACGGGAGAGAGAAGUUUGAUUGCAGCUGGGGCAGAUGAAGACAUCCAGUUUCUCUGCUACAGAUGCACCAUGGCGUUUCUUCACUUUGCGCUCCUCCCAGCGAUCGUUACUCCUCUGGUCAUUGUGGAUGCACGACCCGACUGCCCGUCUCCAGGCGCUGCAAAGGAUUCGCACACGCUGCGUCGCCGACUUGAGUCACGUUUGCAGACAUCCGCGCCCAAAAGAUCCAUGCAUGCCGGCUCCGGUGGAAGCCCCGCGGGGUGGGGGAAGGAAAGCGCUCCUGCGCCAAGAGGCGCAGCGCCGGAGGGAGAAGCUCCACUCCGCCCGGGAGGGCGCCCUCUUCCCGGAAAGCCCGGGGGCAGGAGUCUCCCUCCCAAUGUGCGCGCGCUCCCCCCACCAUCAAGUAAUCGCCACCGCGGGAGGGGGCUGCGCGCCGUCGGGCACGCGCCGCGAGAGUGUUCCCUCGGCGGAAGCUGCUUCUUCCUUCCCCAGGAGGAGCAGGCGGGGCUAAAGGCGAGGGAGGCGGAGCGCCCGCCCCGCAGCCGGCGCCGGUCACCCCUGAGAGGAGGAGAGGAGAGCCGGGUGGCGGCAAAGGGGGACCACCAUCGCCGACUCCAGCAGCAGCAGCAGCCCCGCGGCUCUGCUCGCUUCUCGCCGCCCGCGCACAGACGGAGCCGCCGCUCCCGCUAGAACAGCCCUUCCUCGCCCUGCUGCCCCUCGGCCGGGGACCCCGCGGUGCCCGCAGCCCGCCUUCCUGGGCGCGGGGUGGUCAGCCCCAAGCGGAGGACGUCAGCUGGCGUAGCCGCCCCUGCUCUUGCCCCGCUUCUCCCGCCGGAGCAGGAGGCGAUGAGCGGCCUCGAGGACUACGCAGGUGGGCGGCGGGGAGGCCGAGGGGUGGGGGGUGGGGAGAGGGGGCGGGCGGCUCCCCUGGGCGCGUGUGGGUCGUGGGGCCUCCCGCUUGGGGGCCAGCUAAGUAACGCCGCGUGUUUUCUCCUCCUUCCCCAGGUGCGAGCCCCGUGCCCAGCCCCGGAUCCCCCGGAGGGGACGAGGUGAGUUCCGAGCUCCCAGCGCCGAGCCUCUCUUCCCUUCCCUUCCCUUCCCUUCCCUUCCCUCUGCCCCGGGUGGGGGGGGGGAGGGGGAGAGAGAGCGGCCGGCAUCUUACAGCCCGGGGGCAAAGGGGGGGGCGGGUUGGUUGCGGCUUCGGGGCGUUGGGGGAACUUGCUCGAAUAAAAUAAUGGGAGGGGGGCAGGUAAGCCGCUCUACGCAUAAGGGAUCGCAAGAUGCACAGUUUGAAUGGCGACGCGCAUCAACUUGGCGGGCGGGGGGACUGGCCACCUCGCCACCAUUAUUUUAUUGGGGGCGAGGAGGCGAUGGACUUGGUCGCCUUGGAGUUCGUUCCAUGGUGCGUUUAUAUAUACAUAUAUAUUGGGGGUGUCUUUUUCUCCCGGUAACCUGGCGGUUUCGUUUCCUUCUCCUGAGGGAGAUCGCGGCGGGGCGGCGGUUCCGUCAGCUGCCGGCUCGGCGGCCUCUUCGCGAGGCGAAGAGAAGAAAUAAAUUGUGUGUGUGUGUGUGUGUUGUGUUGGGGGGAGGAGAAGAGAGAAUCGAGGGGUUCAGAUGAGGAGUUGGGGGCGUUGUUUUAUUUAUUUGCUUGCUUACUUUCUGAGGCGAGAGCGGCGGCGGCUGGCGGGAUCCGGGGCGGGGGAGGUGGCCGCCCGGUUCCCUGAGGAGAGAAGCGCUUCUUUCGGGGCGGAGAGGCGGCUUCCUUGGCUGGUUCCUUUGGCGCGAGGGCGGCUCCGCCUUCCGGAGGUCGGGGGCGGGCAGCGCCGUCCCGCGUUUUCUGGGGCCGGGGCCCUUUCCCCGCUAGGGGCGCGUGGGGCGCCGAGGAGCGGCUGCUUUGGCUUGUUUCUGGGGGGUGUGUGUGUGUGUGUAUCCAUGUGUGUCUAGUCAGCUGUGGGGAGUUUUUUGGGGGGUGCAAACUGAGGCGCUGCUCCUCUUUCUCUUUUCUGACCCCCUCCCCGUCUUCUCCCGGGACGGUCGCGGCUGCGCAGGCGCCAUCUUGGGAGCGAUCAGGUGUGUUUUGGGGGGCUGUGUUUGUGUUGCCCCCAAGGAGGCGAGAAGGGGGCAUCUUGGAGGGGAAAUGCUAGUAAAUGUCAGUCACGCAUAAGCGGGGGGGGGGCGGCGGCGCGGAGAUGAGCCGGCUUGGUUUCUCCCUCACCCCUAACCCCAUGUGUUACAAAUCACUUAUUCUCUAUUGCCCCCCUCCCAAAAAUAAGGGGGGGGACCCAACUACAUACCAUAAGGUAAAGGUAAAAAAGGAUAUACAUACCAUAUCUCCUUUCCCUAAUGCUUUUUAGAGGGCGUGCUAUGGCACAGCUUGCUGAUUUCCUUAAGCACCCUGCGUUGGCUGUUAGUUUUACUUUGAAUGUGUGUGUGUGUGAGAGAGAGAGAGAGAGAGAACGAACCUGCGAGAUUGAGGUGCAGGGCAGGUGAAGUAAAUUGCAGGCUGAUGUGUCGCUCAAGGGUGCAGACUUGGUCUUGGCUACCCUGGUGCUUCUUCUGACCCUUGAAAGGGGGGGGGGUCUCCUUGCUCUCAAAAGGAAAAGUUGCUAGGUGGUUCCCAGCCUCUUCUUAGUGUUUUGGCACUGAGUACCGUAAAUCUUUCAGCUCUGAGUUUAGGCUUCGUCUGAGUUGUUGUUCUUUAGCCUGAAUUGUUGUUGUUGUUUCUUCUACUUCUGUCUAUGCUAUUCAUGGUGAUUUGUUGUUGCUUGUGGGCAUGGAGGGAGGAGGAGAAGGAAUUGUGCCUUGUCUAUUAUUCAAGAUGAAGAACCAUUUGAGAAGGGGUGCUCUCCAUCCUUGCAUUGAAUCCAGUUGUGGAAAUCUGCCAAUCAUAAUUUUUUGCCUGACUGUUGUAGGGCUUCUACCCCCAUCCCCACAGGUGUCUGUGGGAAAUACUGUUUGCCAGCUCAGUGCUGCUGUUCAUAGCCUUGGGGUGUGGAGAGGCAGCAGCAGAGGGUGUCUUUUAAGGAGCAGGCCUCUGCUUUUGAGUGUCUGCCAUGGCAUGCUUGGAAGUGGGGGAGGACAUCAAAAGCUUAUUCCCAGCUCCCUUGUUGUGGCUGGAAUUUGAUAAUCUGUUGCUUCCCUUUGUCUGCAGGGGGAGACUUCAUCUUGUUUUGCUUGCUCUGAUAGGAGAUCCACAGGGAAAUAUAUUCACAUUUCCACACUAUUAUUACCAAGUAGCAGGAGAGGUCCUUAGUUGCUUUCUCUUGAGAUCUGUCUGCUGCUGUUCCGAAAUCCUACAGGUGGAACCUGCUGUGCUUCUCUUGGGUUUUAAAUAAAGAGGUCUGAAUGAAAAAAUUGUCUUUUAUUUCUGUGGCAUCCCAUCAGAUGUCAAGGAAAUAAGCAACUAUCCUACUUUUAAAAGACAUCUGAAGGCAGCCCUGUGUAGGGAAGUUUUUAAUGUUUAAUGCUGUAUUGUAUUUUUCAUAUUCGAUUGGGAGUUGCCCAGAGUGGCUGGGGAAACCCAGCCAGAUGGGUGGGGUGUAAAUAAUAAAUAAUAAUAAUAAUUAUGGCUGAUGUUUUUAACAACUCUGUGUAUAUUCCUUCCUAUUUUGAAUAAGGAGUUGGAUAUCCUUGUUUUAGUAGCCUUUCCCCUUAUGUUGUUGGGAGGUAGGCUAUAGUCUUUGCGGGACUUUAUGGCAGUGUACAUGCAGAAAGUCUCAGGUUUAAUCCUUCGCAUUACCCAGAAGGGCUGGAGAUACUUCUGCCUGAAACCCUAAGAGCCACCUCCAGUCAUUGAAUACAAUACUGAGCUACUCAGAGUCAGGUCAGUGGUCUGGCUGAUAUACUGCUGCUUCCGAGUCUACAAAGAGCUAUGGGGUUUGAGUGUGAUACAAUGCUGACCAAGGUCAUACUGAUAAGAUUGUACAUCUUCGUUUGGAAGGAAUAGACACUGGUCAGUGGGUUUGCAUGUUGUUCAGGGUUGGUUGUCAAGUAUUGUUGGCAUCCACCUGUCUCAGGAGACAAUGGAGGAGUGUACCUUUUGGGGUGAAGUUAGUCAAACGAUUGGAAGGUUGCAUUGCCUGCUGUGGCUGUAGAGACUGAUGCGAGAGAGACAUGUUUUAUUGCAGCUAGGGCAGAUGAAGGCGUCCGGUUGUGCUGCUGCAGAUGCAUCAUAUUGUUUCUUCUUUCUGUACCCGCCCCCAAAUUUAAUACAUUAUAUAAGGUGCUACUAUGGUGGUAAAAAGAAUCUAUUUGCACUCCAGACUGCCUGCAACUAAUUAUGCACGACUGCUUUAUUUUACUAAAUGUAUGUAAGGAUUGAGUUAAGAGUCUGAUCCAUUCAACUUUAUAUUUUUGUAGCCACCACAGAAAAGACAAAGAACUGUAGAAGACUUCAAUCAGUUCUGCACUUUUGUGCUAGCUUAUGCAGGCUACAUCCCAUACCCAAAGGAGGUAAGAGAACUUACACUUUAGCAAUGUUGGAGCUGGCUAUCUACUUUGAUUCUCACUUUUCUGUUCUGGGUGUUGGUGACUCAUCCCCCCACCCCCCAAAAAACCCCACCUUCCAAUCUGAAGGCCCUGAAAUCUCAUAUGGGUUUUCUUUUCCCCUUGUAGAAUGAGCCUUGGCUCCACAGAGGCAACAUGAGCCCCCAGAACAGCACAGGCAGCACUCAAGACAGUGACAGCUGGGCCUCAUCUCAGUGCUGUGAUUCCCAUGUGCUAUCAGAUGAUGGAGGAAUCAGGAACACUACAUGCAGAGGGACUGGAAACCUCCUACUGAACUCUGACAUUUCCAGUGGCUUCUGUACAGGCCGACCUCUGCAAACCAAGAAGAGGAAGCAGUCAGCAAAGAAGCUCAUCUUGGACCGAGUGGUGGAUAAGAGGGUGAUGCCAAUGAACACAAAGGACAUUAAGCAGGAAAGGAUUGAGCCAAGUAAAGGGACAUACCUAGAAUCAAGGGAGCUUGAAUCCUGUCUCCCAAAGGAAGAGCUCCAGUCCACAUCUCUGCUGGAGCAAUACAUAAAGCAGAAGGAAUGGAUCCAUGGAAUGCAAGCAGCUGAGAAGCCUGAGGAACAGAACUCGUGCAAAGAGGAAAGAACCAGCCCUGCCUGUUGGAACACCGUAGAGCAGAACAGUGAGGAAGAACUCAGUAGAGACGGCUCCCAAAUCAGUAGUAAGUGUGCAAAAAUAGUGAAGCUUUCAAAAUGAAGUCAAUUGAACAUAUGAAGCAGCUUCCCUCAGAAUGGGAUAAAUGCACCAUCAAGCCCAGUAUUGUUUUCUCUGAUGCAGCAGCUCUUAAAAGGUCUCAGGCAGAGGUUUUCCCAUCACCUUCUACCAGAGAACCUUGUCAUUGUAGCUGGAGAUGCUAGUGAUUUGGCUUGUGCUCUGCAAUCCAGCUUUUACUCCUCCCUAUUGUCAGCUUUGUGAUCCAAGUUUGAGUGUCAUCCCCCCCUUCCCCGGUCAGUGGUCUUGUGAGGGGUUGGGCUGUUGAGGGAAUGUGAGUUCAAAGACACCUUAAAGUUGGAGUAUCACAAAGGAACUGAUGAGCUGCAAGGAAUUGUUUCAGGAGCUUCUGUCACAGUUGAGUAGUAGAGGCAGGGUCUAGCAUACCAGCAUAAAUGUGGGCACUCCUAGUCAUCUGACCUCUCAUUUUUCCCUCUUGCAGCUUUGUGUGAGGACUUUGCUGCUGCCUCAGACUCCAAAACCGAUGGUGAGUAGAUCACCGUAUGUUACUACUGCUCUCUUCCAGUAGGGUUGGUGGUGGGAAGAGAGGGCUCCAGUAGUUUUUCGCAAUAUGUCUCUAAUCUGAAAAGUCUAGUAAUGUGGGUGCCAUGCAUGUGUAAAAACUUUAUGGGGCCUGUCUUUUAACACUUCGUGCUUUCUCACAUGCAGAGGAUGAUGCCUGGGAUCUCAUCACUUGCUUCUGCUUAAAGCCUUUUGCUGGGAGACCUAUGAUAGAGUGCAAUGAAUGUGCCACUUGGAUCCAUCUCUCCUGUGCCAAGAUACGUAAAUCCAAUGUGCCUGACAUCUUCAUCUGCCAACGAUGCCGUGAUGCAAAGCAGGAGAUUCGCCGCUCAAAUAGAGCCCGUACCAUUCCCCGCAAGCGAUUCUGCGACUGACUUUGGCUUGGGGGGUGGCUGGGUUCCCUUUGAACUUGGACUGGAUCCCUAUUGGCAAGACAAUCAAAAUGCAGGAGCCUCCCUGAGAAAUAAGUGAGGGGGCCCUAUGCUUCCAGAAACGUGUGUCUUAUUCAAGCCUAUUGCAGGUGGGUGGGGCAUGCUGUUCUCUACUUGAUAGGGCCUGAACUGUGCUUUUGAGAUCUCAGGGUUACACUAGAGCAGCAAAUGCAAAGGUGCCUGGCAGACACGUGACUGGUUUGGUGGAUUCCAGUGCACAAUGCACUAAGUCAGCCAGAAGCCUCUUUGACCUUGUGCAAAAAGGGCUCAGUGCCUUUCAACAAUCUAUGGGAAGCUGGCCUGAAGUUUGUUCUUUUGUGAUACAGUAGCUGCUCAGGCUUAAAUUUUGUAAGUUUAUGGCCACAGGUUUGUUCAUGGGUUUUUUUCCUGGUUUUUUUGUUAUCCUUUGGCCCUAGAUCCAAUUAUGUCCUGGUUAGUUGAAGCUUCUGAAUCCCUUCAUGAAGCUAAAGCACAUGUUAGAAGAAGGCAGCUAGCUGUCUUCCUGUGCACACACUGCUUGGGAGAGAAUCUUCUGCAACUGAAAUGGCAGAUUCCCAUUCUCUGUCAUGAACUGCAAUGCGGGGCAAUUGACAUUAAACUUCAGUAAUGUGGUCAUUGCGCCUAGUUCUAAGGAAUCUGCCCUCUUCAGAAACUUAAAUACACUGUGCUAUUCCCAGUCAGGCUAGUUACCUGAGGUGGGUGGCAAUUUUCACUUAAUGUAAAUAUUUUAUAUACAAUUACUUAGAAAACUUCUUGCUGUACCUGCUCCAUAUUAAACUACCACCCUUCUCUAGACUUCCAGUUGCACUAGUGUCCAAUUUGAAGGGAAUACAGGAGUUGUGGGGAAAAGACCAAAGCUGAUAGCAGUAGAGGUGGUGAUGAGUUUACUGCAAAGGCUCUAGAAUCUAAAGAGAUGGCAGUAGCAGAAGACUUAAGGUAUGAUGGUGAGCCACACUGAAGAAGCAGAUUGGGUCCUGCUUUCAUUUCAAGUUGCUCUUUCGUUGCUGAGAAUAUUUCACCUUGUUGCCAUAGGUGAAAUGUGGGGCAUGCUAAAUGGUGACCUGUCUACUAUGCAAACCUUUGCUUCUUUUUCUUGGGGCAAUCAUGCCAGCAAACUAUUACUUGUUUUGGAGGACAGGUCUCCCUGCACUCUGUCUAUACCAGACCACUGAACCUCUUUUAUUUGACCCACGUGCCUUCUUGAUCUUACACACACCACCUUAUAAUUGACAAUGCUUGUACGUACAACCCUAUUCUCACUGUACAAGGUAUUUUCAGUGGCUUGUGAUGGGCCUUUUCCUGUGUAGGACAGACUUCUCAUCAGGUUGUAGGAAUUUAGGGAGCUACUCCAUGAAUGUCUUACUUCCCCUCUGCCCCCUCAAAGUGUUUACACUUUUAUAGGUAGUCACUUUCUAUUAAAGAUGUAAAGUAGUGUACUGUGGUCUUUGUCCUAUGCCAAGUGUUUGGAGUGCUAUGUAUAGAAUAAAAAUACUUUUUAAUCAGUUAUAUUGCAGAUAUUUGACUUCAUUGUAACCCAAGUGGAGUGUUUUACAUAGUUAUAUUCUGCUAAGGUGGGGGUGGGUGACUAGAACUCAGCUGGCUUGUGCAACCUUACAUGAGUGUAUACAGAUCAAAACAAAGGUAAAGCCUUAAAAACUACCAAAGUUGGCUGAUCGUUUACUUCUCUACCAUGAUAACGUGUUACCUACAGACUUUACAUAUGUAUUUGUCCAGAAAUGCGGUCCUAUUAAACUGGAUAGAGUUGUAAAUUU